AUGAUUCGUGCAAGCUUGCUUGCGUUAUUUUCAACGCUAAUAAUAUGUGGAUUUUGUGGCAAGGAAUUUGAAUCGUUAGGCCGUCACUCGUGGCGGUGUAAAAGUAAAGUUGGGAACGAACGAGAAUCCACUUUGAAUGUUAAUCCUGCUAUGGAAAUGCCUACACAAAUGUGUCUACCUGUAAAAUCUUGCAAAGCAGUCAAAUGUUGCUGUGGUAAAGUCUGCAAAGGUGCUCGUGGACUUAAAAUGCACCAACGAAGCUGUAGAGUUAUUGACGACCUUGAAGACGAACUGGAACAACAAAUGACUGAAGCAUUGAACGACGACAAUCAUGAGGAUAACACUGACCCAGUUAACCCUGAAAUAUCACCUUUGAACACCCAAGAAAACUUUCCCGAUUUAAAAAGGGGGAUAAAACUACCCAAAUCGCCAUUACAAUGGUCAACUGCCAACGCAACCUCGUUCCCAGGCUCUUUGCUCUUGGGAAGCAAAGACCCUGGUCGGAGCUGGUCACGUGACCCAUACAAAAUUGAUAGCCCAAGAGGGGGAUGGAAAAGUCUCAUAUUACAUGUUUCCACUUCCGCACUUCGCACUUCGAUUGCAAGGAGUGGCCGUUCUGUACAAUCAUCUCAUUCAUCUUCGAGAAUCAUAUAUACCUCAAACUAUUUGCUAAAUUGGUUUCUGUUUGCUUUUAAAUUAUACUUUUAAAAUGCAGAUUCUUAUAGCAACAGAAAAUUCAGGAAAUCAAGCAACGAGAACGUAUGACUGUACGCUUUGAAAUAUUUUUAUUUUCUCGGGGUUCGCCGAUUCGGGCGUAGUUUCAUUUCACGCGUGCGUUUCUGUUCUGGCUCUGGUUUUUAUAAUACGCUUAUAAUAUGCCAAUGAAUUGUUCUAAUAUGGACACGGUAUAAAUUUUGUUAAACAGAUGUCUCAAAAGCGACUGUUUAUAGGUCAUAGGAUUAGCGUCUUGCCGGUCUUAAAGUACGUGACACAUUUGGACACAAGCCAAAUACACAUUGAAUGUCCAUUCUCUUGAUUCUAAAACUGUUUAUAGACAUAUUGCUCUAGAUUUUUUAAAAGGUUAUCAUCGUUUAUAUUAAACACCAGGAAGACAAAAUAUAACGUACAAAAUUGUUUGAAAUGGACAGUGCACAGCUGACAUAUACGACAAUUCACAACUGCAUGAAUUUUCUUUUUUGUCUGCACGAGUACCUGUUUGUUGAAGCCAAAAUAUUGCACCAGCAUCUCCUAUAAAUUCUAUCGCCAUUUACCCUCUCCCCUUAAAUGCAAAGGAAUGACAGCAGAAAAGGUUUAGCAAAGUAUUUUUUAUUAUAUCUGGCAUAAACUAUAAAGCGUCCUACGUUUUAUCAGGAUAUACAUAAUUCAUAAACUGCAUAUGCACACGAAGUCUCGCUUAUAUAGUUAUAUUAAUGAGUUUUACUGUAACAAACCUUUUAAAGUUUCCAUCAUGUGAUAGAUAGGUUGUUUGCCUCCAGUAUUGUUUGGUAAAACAGACUAAACUUCUAAAAGGCCGGUUACGGAAUACGAUAAAGAUUAAAGUUGAUUUAAAUAUUGAUAACUCACAGCGGCAUUAAUCCAUUAUACAAGUCUAAAGAAGCUGGAUUAUUCUUCAAUAAAGCCCUCAAUGGGCAAUGCCAGUGUCAAUGAAAGGUCUAAUAUUAUACAUUUGCAAAUUACUGUAUACACAAAAUAUGAAAUAAUUUAUAUAAAGUACAAUACCAGUGUCUGGUGCAUAUAUCGUCCUAGAUAUUCAAGUUGUCCGCACGCACGGAAACGCAUGUAGGAGUCUUGGCGUUUGUGUGAUAACAGAUAGCUAGCUACACUUCGACAUUAUCUUUCUUGAUCGUUGAGUUUCAGCAAUGUAAAUGAAAUGAAUUUUAUAGCCAGUCCAUAACGGGUUUUAAUCCUGUGCUUUUACAGUCAGAAUAGCACUAUUGUUUACACAUGUUGGCGAUGUUUGGGAAAUCAAAGGAUCCCGUUAUAAAAUAAAUCUUUUGUUUUGAAUAUCGGACAGGAUACACUUCAACUAUAAAGAACCAUAUCGUUCGUUUAAUACCGUUUGAUCGACAUUCUGUGUAGAAGAUCUGUAUGUUUCUACGGCGAUACGUGCUAAACUUUGCAAGCCAGGCGUGUGUGGAGUGUUUUCGUUGUAAGUGAAAUAUGAUCCAGCUUCUCGCUUGAAAUGUACCGCAACACUUAUUAUUGAUGACAUUCAGUACAUGAUCGGUACAAUUUAGAACAGUUCCUUGCACAAUCUCUUGUUGCAAUUUACAUUUUUAUCACCCGAAAUUAUAACACAUAAAGUUGCAAUUUUCCAAACGCAACAAACAGACUCCUCUACUACCCCUCCCUGAGGUCAAAUUCAAUUUACCCCCAAAAUCUGGGGGUUCACGUGACCAGCUCCGACCAGGGUCUUUGCUUCCCAAGAGCAAAUAGCCUGGGAACGAGGUUGCUGCCAACGACUUUUUCAAGUUAACUUUUUUGAAUCAUCCAAUCACACCGGAUGAUCUAAAUAACAACAUCAAUACCAUGGUAACCGUCGUCUACAAUUACUUUAGUGGGAAUUUUGGACAUGUUGAUAACAAUAGCAGUGUAGAAUUCGAAAGAAAAUACCAAACAUUUUCAACAAAGGAUUUAAAAAAAGCUUUAAAGAAAUUAAAACUGGAAAACGGUAGUAUUCUGGAGAUAAAAUUUGUCGCGAAGAAAUUGCGCAUACUCCUUAAUAAGUCAAAUAAUACGGAACUAAAUAAUUCUGAUAGUCAUGCAUCUGCAGACAUUGAUCACGAUAAUCUAAUUGGUAAAAAAUUCUGGGGUUACGUUAAAAAAAUUUUCAAAAAGAAUACCAGUUCACUUCCAUCAUUUAAUUUAGCGCAAUGUACAUCCUAUUUUACCAAAACAUUUUCCGCGAUUAACCCAAAUAAAACAUUCAAUAUUCCUAGUUGGAUCCCAAAAUUUGCUUCUCCUCAAACACCUUUUAAGCUUGACCCCCCGACCUAUCAAGAGAUUACAAACGUCAUACGUAAAAUGAAACUGUCUGGCUCACCAUGCCCACUUGAUCAGAUAUCAAUAAUCUGUUUUAAACGAUGUCCGUAUCUACGUUUCUACUUGACUGAGAUAAUCCAUGCAGCUUGGUCACGCGGUGUUGUUCCAUCUGAAUGGAAAAAAGCAUGCACAAUAUUAAUUCACAAGAAAGGAGAAACAAACGACCCAGCAAACUUUCGACCAAUUACUCUUGAAUCCAUCCCGCUUAAAGUCUUCACAUCAUGUCUUCGAAAUAAAACAUUUGAAUUCCUGUCAGACAAUAAUUACAUAGAACAAAACAUCCAGAAAGGUUUCACUCCAAAACUCUCAGGAACACUAGAACAUACUGCUCAGAUGGCACAUAUAAUUAACACAGCGCGUACCAAGCAACGAUCUAUAGUUAUUACAUUACUCGAUCUUAAAAAUGCAUUUGGCGAAGUCCAUCAUAACCUCAUUUACGAAGUCCUUGAUUAUCAUCACGUUCCUAAUCACAUAAAGAACCUUAUCUGCAGUCUUUACACUGAUUUCCAAACUUCCAUCAUAACCGAACACCCCCUUCAUUACA